AUGCGAAAAAGCUCGCCGCCUACGCCGCCGCUCCAGCAGCCAGCCCUGGGCUUUGCGCCUACCGACGCAUCCGAGCCCGGCCCCCCUUCAUCCACGCCCGCGUCCAUAUCCACGCCCGCGUCCACAUCCACGCCCGCAUCCACAUCCACGCCCACAUACACAUCCACGCCCACGUCCACAUCCACGCCCACGUCCACAAAGCCUCGACCACCGCAAUCGGCCCGCGCCAAAAAGCCCACUACACCCGUUUCUCUGCCGUCUCCAACCAUAACCUCGUCGUCCUUUUCGUCGGCCCAGCCAGACCUGUCUCUGUCGGCCCAGCGCGCCGCCGUCAAGCAAGCCAGGAGACGGCCGCUCAACAAAUUCGCCUGCUUCGCCUGUCAGAAGAAGAAAACGAAGUGCGAUGGCGUCCGCCCCGUCUGCAGCGCCUGCGUCAGACGCAACGGCGACACCCAGUGCGAGUACGCCGUGAGGGAGGGCGCGAUCUCGCGCUACGCCGACCUCAAGGUGACGUCUGAACAGCUGGAGCGCGAAAACAGCGACUUUAAGGACCUCCUCGCCUACCUCCGCUUCAGGCCCGAGAAAGAGGCCUUCGAACUCUACCGCCGCCUUCGCGCAUCCGACAACCCGCUGUCGGUCCUGCAGUACUUCCGGGAGGCCGAGACACUGCUCGUUGUUCCCUCAACUGCCGGCUCGGGCAUGGCCGACCGCCAUGUCGCCGACUUGGAUGCCGAAGCCCUGGCUCAGAGCGCUCUGAAGGUCCCGGCACUUCCCUGGACUCCGGUUGCUGGCGAUGGUCUCGUUUCAAGCCUCAUCACGGCCUUCUUCAAAUGGGAUGCCGGUUUCCCCUAUUUCUUUGUCGACCAAGCUUUGUUCAUCAACGAUAUGCGCCGCGGAAUCCUAGGCGCCCAGUACUGCACCCCGCUCCUGGUCAACGCCAUCUGCGCACUACGGUCGCUACUCUCGGACCGGGCGAGGAACCUCGGCCGCGUGACAAAGACUGACCUCGGAGCCCUCUUCUUUGCCGAGGCUAAGAAGCAUAUGGAUUUCGAGGUGGUUAAGCCUAAUCUCGCAACAGCACAUGGCCUGUACCUGAUGUAUAUCGUGUCGUGCUGUCAGGGCACGAACCGGGCAGGGGCCAUGUAUCGCUUCGCGGCGUUCGACGUGCUGGAGAGACUAAAACCGGAGAAGCGUUUUCUCAGUCUGGAUCCCCAGAAACCGGAAAAUGCCGAGAAACGUGUCGCACUGUCCAAGACAUGCUGGGGUCUGUUCUUUAUUGAAAGCCUCAUGUCUGGUGCAUAUUUCAAGCCGCUGGCGCCUCCGCCCACGAUACCAUGUGUGUUCGACCACGUUGGCUCUGCGGGUGGCCCCGGAAAUCAAGACGUUCUUGGGCUUCCAUUUGGGCCGACAUCACCACAACCGCCACUGGUUCCUGCGGUUCUCCAUGUCGCCUGCGAGCUGUCCAUCCUCCAGCAAAAGGUCAUUACGUACAGCAUACAGUCAAAACAUGCUGUCGGGGAUGACGAAGACACGAAGGCGAGAAGGCGCUUCUUCGCAGAGCUCGCGGCAGUAGAACAAGCGGUGCCACCUCACCUGCUGUACCAAAACAAUCCUGCGCCCCAGACGCUUUAUCUCAAGGCUGUCUUCAACCUCACGGCGUAUCAUAUCAUUAGGCCUUUACACCCAGACGCUUGGAUCCGGGAUCGUUAUACCGUUAGGCUAGUCAUACUGCAGCUUUGCACCACCGACGUCGAGCUCGCAGAGUCAUAUGCGCGCCGAUGGGGCUUCGGAGAGUACUCGCCCAUGUUUUUCAUUUGCAUCUGGAACAUCGCUCCAACGCUCGUGCCCCUCCUGGGUGAAGCGUACGCGCAGAAUCUCUUCACCCGCGGCUGUGCUCUGAUGCACGUCGUCGAGCGCGACCUGCCCCUUGUUCGACUGGCCAUGCAGGGUGUGCUGGCCCUGGCCGCCGCGACGAACAAGCCCAUUCCCCGCGAAGCCCGGCCCUAUGUCGAGGGGCUCACACGGCACAAGUGCGACCCCAAGGAUCUGUCCAUCUCAUUCAUCGUGCCCACGCAGAACGAGCUCCUCGAGGCGCAGUCGGGCAGCGACGAGGAUGAAGACUCGAGGAAGCACGGCCGCGACCUGGGCGCUCUCUUGAAGAAAUGGGACAACCUGUCCAUGGACUCGGAGCGAUGA